AUGGCUGAGUUUCUGGAUGACCAGGACACCAACACUAGACUGUGUGACAACUGCAAAAAGGAAAUUCCCGUGUUUAACUUUACCAUCCACGAGAUUCACUGUCAAAGGAACAUUGGUAUGUGUCCCAUCUGUAAGGAACCGUUGCCCAAAUCUGACAUGAAGACGCACGUGGCCACAGAGCACUGUCAGGUGACCUGCAGAUGUAACAAGAAGUUGGAGAAGAGGCAAUUACAGAUGCAUGAGGAGACCGAAUGUCCUCUGCGGCUUGCCCUCUGCCAGCACUGUGAUUUGGAACUUUCUGUUCUCAAACUGAAGGACCAUGAAGAUUACUGUGGGGCCCGGACAGAACUGUGUGGCAGCUGUGGACGUAAUGUCCUGGUGAAGGAUCUGAAGACUCAUCCUGAAGUUUGUGGGAAAGAGGGGGAGGAGAGGAGAGAUGCGGCCUCCCUUCCUCCCAGCACCAGUGAUGAGUCUUGGAGUCAUGAUGGAAUGUGGCUCGCAUCCCAUCUCCUCAGUCAGAUUGAGGCUUUGGAUCCACCCCUGAGGCUGCCCCUGAGAGCCUUUGAAUCGGACCUUUACCCCACCAGGACUGCCAGCCUCAGGGACGUGACAACCCAGUUCCCCAUUCAGAAUAAUCUGUUUGAAGAACAAGAAAGGCAGGCAAGGAAUAGAAGCUGCCAGCCCCCCAGAGAAGGUGGUGAAGAAAAUGCAAACUUGGACUUCAUGUUGGCCUUGAGUCUUCAGAAUGAGGGCCAGGCACCCCACAUGGCGGGAGAGGACUCGUGGAGGGCUGUGUGUGAUGCAGAGCGGCCCCGCGGAGGGCCCGGUGCCCUGAGUGACAAAAUGGGUGCAGCUGGCGAGACCAUGUUGCCUUGUGAGUUUUGUGAGGAGCUCUACCCGGAGGAGCUGCUGAUCGACCAUCAGACAAGCUGUAACCCUUCAUGUGCCUUACCACCACCACUUACCAUGGGCAGCUCUUCCCCCAAAGCCACAGUGGUGGAGGACUCUGAUGUAAUUUUUCAGAAGUUUCUGCAGCAGGCUAACAACUUAGACUCUUUCAUGGGCCUCACGCGCUUACCCACCGUGGAAGACAGCAUCAUUAUUCCAUGUGAAUUCUGUGGGGUGCAGUUGGAAGAGGAGGUACUAUUCCAUCACCAGGACCAGUGUGAUCAGCGCCCAGCCACUGCCAACACCUGUGUGAUGGAAGGCUUUCUAAGACAGGACUCCCAGUCCCGAGACAUCUCGCCAGAGCUGCCCCGGAGGCGUGUCAAACACCAGGGAGACCUGCCUUCCAGCUACAUGGAUGACAUCAAGCAGGAAGAAGCUAAAGGGCCCACCUGCCCUCUGCCUCCCAGCAGACCGCUGAACAAUAUGCUUGCUACCUGUAACCGACUGUCCAAGGCACCAUCAGGCUCCAGGCCUGGAUGCCAGCCCAGCCCUCCUCGAGUACUGAAGCUCAGCAACCCUGACAGCCCAGAUGUCCAGGGACGGAUUCAGAACAGCCCUAACAUGGCUCUGGUUCCUGAUCACCUUUCAGCAAAUCACUCUGCUCGAAAUGGCCCAGAAACCCUUGCGCCCUCCUUCCCCCAUGGGCCUGUAGGGAGACAUGGAGCAAGUGGGAGGAGUGAGGGCAGCAGGAGCUCCCGGCUCACCCCCACGGCUGUCAGCUACCGUAACAGAACCACAAAGGCUAAGAGCCCCAAGCAGUCAGGUGCGGGAGAUGCAGAAGAAGAGGAGUGA